AUGUCGACUAUCACCGCGGCUUCACUCGCAAGUGCAAAAAAAUUGACGCCGACACCGACCACCGAGCAGUCUCAGGCACCACAUGCAGUAUCGGUGAAUCUUGAUCAAGAUGCCUUGGCAUCACUGACGGUGGCUUUCCAAAGCUCAGCGCUGGAAGACAAGGCUUCUAUUACUUUUAUCGAUACUUGUGCAGGGGUGGCUGAGUUGAUAGGAGAUUUGAUUGGUCUGCCGGCAAAGCCCCCAUCUUUGUAUAUCGACCUCGAAGGUGUCAACCUCUCUCGACAUGGAACAAUCUCGAUUCUGCAAAUUUUUGUCCUCCCAAAAAAAUCAAUAUUCUUGAUUGAUAUAUACGUCCUGAAGGAUAAAGCGUUCUCUCAUCCUGGACUGAACGGAACUACUCUUCGGGCCAUCCUUGAGUCACCUUCUAUUCCAAAGGUGUUUUUCGACGUCCGCAACGAUUCAGAUGCUCUUUUCAGCCACUAUCAGAUCGAACUAAAAGGCGUGCAAGAUCUUCAGUUAAUGGAGCUUGCAACGCGCAAAAUUUCGAAAAGAUACGUGAAUGGACUAGGUAAAUGCAUAGAAAACGAUGCUUCAAUGACUGCAGAUGAAAGAGCGAGUUGGAAAGCUGCCAAAGACAAAGGGAAAAGAUUGUUUGCACCUGAACGUGGAGGCUCUUACGAAGUUUUCAACACUCGACCCCUUCCAGAUGAAAUUCGACAUUACUGUGCGCAGGACGUACAAUUUUUACCCAUGUUAUGGCAGAAAUAUGAUCAUCGAAUGACUCGACAAUGGGCAGCGAGAGUAGAGUUGGAAGUGAAGACACGUGUGCGGCUUUCCAAAUCCGAGACAUACAACGGCAAAGGAAGACAUAUGGCCUUAGCACCUGCAACCUGGGCUUAG